UGUACGCAGUCUCCGUCAUAGGCGACACUUGUUUCUGUAGUUUGUAUUUAUUUACACUACGCGAAUAGCGCCAUACAUUUUCUAGUACCUGUUUGUAAGAGAUCAAAAGUCUUUAGAGACGCUAAGAAGUUGUGGAGUGAUGUAAGAUAUUUUUUUAGUACGGCAAAUAUUUGUAUAGCUAAUGGUUAAGAGAAAAAGGAUGAUGGUGACCAGGACAAAGAAAAUUUUUGUCGGAGGGCUCUCAGCACCCACAACGCUUGAAGAUGUAAAGAAUUAUUUUGAACAGUUCGGACCGAUCGAGGACGCCAUGUUAAUGUUCGACAAACAAACCAACAGGCACAGAGGCUUCGGCUUUGUCACAUUUCAAAGUGAAGAUAUAGUGGACAAAGUGUGCGAGAUCCAUUUUCACGAAAUUAACAACAAAAUGGUGGAGUGCAAAAAGGCUCAGCCGAAAGAAGUGAUGCUUCCAGCAAAUCUGGCAAAGACGAGAGCCGCCGGUCGCGGCGCGUACGAUUUCAUGUGGUCAUUGGGUGCUCUUCCUGACGGUUUCCCCGCAGCGUACGCCGCCUACGCGGCCGGCCGUAGCUACUCGGGCUAUCCUAGCUUCGGGCUGCCAUACCCAGCAGUUGACCUGACCAACGGACAACUCACGCCCAACAACAAUACACCGCUGCUCGCUCAGGCUCUCUCAGUGAUGAACAACUAUCAAGCGGCUGCAGCUGGGUUCGGUCCGCCCGCAUCUCCGCAUGCUGCAGGCGGGCGCGCCGGCUUCCCCGCCGCCAGCUCGCCUGGACCUGCGCUCGACGUGUACGGCUCUGCUGCCGACAGCGUGGGCUAUGUGCAGGCCGCCAGCCCGCAACCCUCCGGCUUUCCCGCCAUCGCUGUCAGCCGCGCGCCCCUCAACUACACCCCAGGGCCCCUGAUUCCUGCGGCAUUUACCAAUGGUUAUCAUUGAAAAUGUUUAGCACAAAUAUAUAACGUGGCGAGCGGCACGGCGACGCGUAGCGAGCGUUGACGCCGGCAAUAGUCGCAACAUACCGCAAUUUUUGUGCCGCAAAUCUGAAUCCAGGCAACCGCUGCGAUACAUUUGCGGCGGAAGCCCUUGGUCCCGACCGCACCUCAGCCUGCGGCCGGCUACAGUCGCCGCGCAGUCGCCACGCAGUUGCCGCAACACCGCCGUGCAGACGCCGCGCAGUUCGCGCUGACGUCAUACAGUUCGCGCGGUCGCACGCCGCAUCGGCGACGGUCGUCUAAUCCGUCCGGCCACCGCGCGGACCGAUCCGUCGACCGCGGCAUCUCAAUCUCACACUGUACCCUUUUCCUCUUCGACCCCACUCUCCCAUUUCCCUACACUUUUCCUUGGAUCCAAAAAUACCAACUCUAUUGUAAAUAACGAUAUUCUACUUUUUGUCGUGUAAACGAGAUAUAGUCUAUUAACUAAACAGGUAUUUUUUCAAAUUCUCGCUUCGACUGUACUGUAGAUGUGUUGUCAGAAUAAUAAUAAACUACAAAAAAAUACAUUUCAUAAUUAAAUAAAUGCAUCUAGUAGAGUUUACUGCGGGGACGUAUUGUAUCUUAAUAAAUAUUUUAUUAUUUAUAGUUAUUAAAUACAGUGUAAGGUGUAUCCCGCACGUCUAAUCUUCACGUGCGGGACUUACUUUCGUUAGUUAGACAGUUUUUGGUGUGAGACAAAUAUGCUCACCACCGAUUUGUAUUUAGAUUUUUACUAGGACGCUUGUACGACACUUUGAAAUGUUCAGAAUUAAUAAGAGGAUCGAUGUUAUUGGCAAUAAGCUUUUCUCCCUCCCUCAUGUUCCGCGUGUACAGAGUUGAGUUUGUCGGUAGCGGUUUGAGUAGGCAAUGCCGGACGCGAUCUGCGACGGCGACGCGCCUGUGGCACGGCUGUACCGCGGCUGCGACGCGGCUGCAACGCUGCUGCGACGCGACGCGACCCCACGCCACGGCGACGAGUUUGCUGGACCGGAGACAAUAACGCCGCUCGCGACCGCUGCGUUCGCCGCGUUUCUUUUCGCUCGUCCACCAUCACAUAUUUUAUUCUAUCUAUUUUAAUAUUAAUGUCAAAUAUUAAUUAACAUAAUUACUAUACUACUGCAUAUUGAGCAUAUUUUAAAUAAUCGAUAUCAUUAUUUUUCGCCUAAUUCGAAUUGUAUAAAAUCACUUCUUCAAAUGACAGUUCUGUUUUAGUAGCAAACAUAUUUCGAUUUCUUUCGUAUUAAGUCUAUAUUAGUAACGCGUAUACAUACUUUCUAAUAAUAUGUAUUAUGGUAUGAAUUUUUAUCCUAAGGAUAACAUGAUCAUAUAUUUACGAUUCGUAAGGAUGUUUGGGAAGCUAAGUCGGAACAUUUCAGAUUCUCUCAUCGCGUUAAGAUAAUUCGUUUCUAUCUUGUACCUUUGAAGUAGGUAUUGUAAUUAUAAUGAAUAACAAUUUUGUGCAUUACGUAAUUAAUAUUUCAUUGUUUCUUACGAUUGUAUUUACCUUAAUGAAAGACCACUGUUGAGAAAUUGCGCGGCUCCCUUAGAAUCGCGGAGUUACACCGUACUUAGUCGUAUGUAUCUAAAUUUUAUUAAUCAAAAUAAUAAUUAUCGUAAACCGUAAAAUUUUCAUACUCAGAAAAGGUAUAGUUACCGGAAAACAAAACAUUUCAAUAAACCGAACACAGGGAUAUUAAGAGAAACAGCCAAAAGCGCAGGUUCGAAGUAAUAGAUUAAAUUAAUAAAGUCAAUUCAUUAAUCAUACUCGUUAGGUACUGGAGUCGAUCUCUGGCUAUCGAACUGUCGAACUGUCGAACUAUCGAGCAGUGGAGCUGUCGCCCACUCCGUCUAGUCUGCGGCCCCGACCCGCUCGCUACACACGUGCACUCGGUUGCAAUCGUUCGUUAUUUAAUAUUAUUAUUACUCAUUACCUACAUCAAUUAAACAUUAAUAUUAUAAAACUAGGUAUUAAAAUUUAGGUAAUAAUAAUGAACAAUCUUUUAAAUGCUAUUAUUAUAUAAAUACGUUAUAAAUAUAAAUGUUUCCUGUUACAAAAAAAAAAUAUUGAAAAUGAU